UUUCUCCUCGGUUUUCUCGCACCGCCGAUUUGGAAAUCUUAUAUGUUAUGAGUCCGAGUUUUUACUUAAAAAGCGCUAUUAUUCAGUAAUAAACUUCGCAGACCCUCAUCAUGGACGAUCAAGCUUGUCCCCGUUGUAAAACCACUAAAUAUAGAAAUCCAUCUCUAAAAUUGAUGGUAAACGUUUGUGGCCAUGCUUUAUGCGAAAGUUGUGUGGAUUUACUGUUUUUAAAAGGAUCCGGUUCUUGUCCCGAAUGCAACGUGCCACUACGACGGAGCAACUUCCGUGUCCAAUUGUUUGAAGAUUCCAUGGUGGAAAAAGAAAUAGACAUUAGAAAACGAGUAUUGAAAGAUUACAAUAAGAAAGAGGAAGAUUUUGCUACUCUACGAGAAUAUAAUGAUUACUUGGAAGAAAUAGAAACUAUUAUAUUUAAUUUAGUUAAUAAUAUAGAUGUAGUAGGUACUAAUAAAAGGAUUGAGCAGUAUAAGAAGGAAAAUAAAGAACUUAUUAAUAAGAAUAAGGCAAAAAUUGGCCGCGAAGAAUUAGAGCUUGAAGAAAUCCUAGAAAUUGAGAAACAAAUGGAAGAGCUCAAGCGUUCAGAGAUAUUCCGCCUCGAACAAGAGGCUAAAAAGGCCAAGAUUCGGGAGAAGGAGGCUUUGAUUGAUGAGUUGAUGUUUGCUGACGGUGAUGCCAAAGACAUCUUGAACACUUUUGCUCAGAAUGCCAUUGCCAAUAAGCAGGAGGCUGAGGUGGUACCUAUUGUGCCAAAGGUGACCCACUUCUCAUCUGGAGUGAAGUUCACAAGAGGAGCCAGCGGGCAGCAGCCAUUACCAACCUUUGAUGAGGGGCCACUCUACAAGUAUGAGGCUCCGGUCAUACCGGACCGCUGUGGGCCUGACGCACCAACCAUUCAGGAGAUUGUUACUGGUGGUUACUUGCAACAUGUUAGAGCAGAGAAUGAAGCUGAAAAGGCUGGUGGUUACUCCUCAACUCUGCCGUGUUUGCGCGCCCUUCAGGAUGCCCUGGCUGGCCUCUACCAUGCCAGCUGACCCGGAGACCCCACUGAGACCGUCAUCAUACUCGACUAGCUAUCUGAUCAGGCCCCUUAGCCGAAUGGCAUUUCAGCGACGCGAAAUGCCACCGAAACGCCGCAGAAAUGUAGUCUGGCUCUGUCGCGCCAAUACGCAAGAGCGAUACAGAUAGAGCUACGAAAGAGAUAUUAUCGUGAGCGUUUCGUGAGCGUUUGUGCAUUCGGCUACGCACACAAGCAUUCCAAAUGACAAUGGAAAAAAUAAAAAUUAUAUGAAAUUAUAUUUAAGGAGAGUGCACAGAGUACAGAUGCAGUGCGAAAAGGGUUUCCUUCGUAUUUUUCCGGAAACGUUCGUAUUUGUCAUGCUAGUUCAGUCCAUGUCAGUACAUCUUGUACUGAGACUGACAGAAAUAGCAUGACACGUUUGUACGUUUCUGUAACAAUACGAAGGCAAAUCUUUUCGCACUGCAUCUGUAGGUAAGUACUAACAGUAUUUUGUACGGGACUCCUAUUGUUUAAGUGAAUUAUAAAUUUAGGCCUGAUUUAGACGGCGUGCGAACUCGCAUGCGAUUUUAGUUACAUUGCGGGCUGUUGAGUUACAUACCAUUUUGCACGCCAAUGUAAAAAAAAUCGUAUGCAUACUCGUACCGUCUAAAUGGGCCCUUACUCUGUGGAUGUUAAGUGUUGAUUAAGUAUUCUUGUAUUUACUGUCUAAAUAAUUUCAUUGAGGCACACAAAAUGACAUUGAAUUCAAUUCAUUCUUCAGAUGAGUCUCUAGCAAGUCCAGUUUGAAGCAGGAGUGUCAAAUAUUCAUCUUUUUAAGGAGAAAAAUGAACCUUUUCCAUUAUAUUUUUCUGUAAUUUUAGAGAGGUUACAACUUCAGAAAAGGUAAGCAAAUUCAAAUUUCUACGAAAAUGAUGGAUUAUUAUGACCUGGUUUGCCUAUCAAUGCAAAUUUUUCAAUAGUGAUUAUGAAAAGUUUAGGAACUUGAUAAAUAUACCAUUAUAUGUAGUUUUAAACAUACCGGUAGCUCUCCCUCACCUUGAGUAAAUUUACGCGAACCUAAAGUCCUUUGUUGAUCUUAAGGCAACAUUAAAGUUGAAAUUAUUUGAGAUUAACGAUUUGUAAACAAAACAUCACGAUCGUUAUGUAAAAAUUCUGAUUUAAGUAAUGUAAAUUCAAAUUGAUUGUCCCAAUAUUUUCUAUUGUAAGUAUCUUUAUACCUCUUGCAUCGAAUGAUGGGCUGAUGGCACUAAGACAUUUCAUUUUUUAAGUCGAAGCUGAGUGUAUUUUUUUUACUCGAAUCUUGGAUGUUUAAAUUGACUGAUUCUCCGAUUUUUGAUUGUAUUUAGAUGUGUAAUAAUGAAAAUCGAAACAUAUGUCUAAAAGUAAAAUCAACCUCUUGCAUGACUGUCAUAAUUUCGGCGUGAGGGAUAAACUCGUAAAAUAUUUAUAAACUGUGAACUAGCUUAUUGAAGUGUAAAUACUUAGUUAAGCUAUUUAAUUACUGUGUGUUGUUGUUGUUAUUGUUGUUUGGUAAUAUAUUGAGUGCAUUUAAA